AAUAGCAUAAUUUUUUUUAACUAGUUUCUUUUAAGAGGCAUUUCAAAGAUAGUUUUUUUUUUGUGGUAAUUUUUCAGAUACACGAGUGUAAAUAUUUUUAUAAAAAGAGUUUAAGUAAGAGUGAGUGUGUGUCUUUGGUGUUAAGUGGAAUAAAAUGGAAAAAAUCCAACUAAAAAAUGUUAAAAUAAAUAUAAAAGAAGAAAAAUAAAUGCAGCUGCAAAAAAAUGUGGGGAAUAAACACAUAAAUGAAAUUAUUAAAAUAAAAAGCAAAAAGUUUUAAAAUUUGUGUUUUUAAAGGAUUAAAAGAAAAAUUUUUUUAUAAAAAAUUCAUUGAUGCAGUCAUUAGACUAAGUUUGAUCUAUUUAAAUUUGGGUUUUUUCGUAAGGAUUAUUGUGAAAUAUCAAUAAAUGUAGGCGUGUCAUUUAAACUUAAAAUUGUAUAAAAAAUUUGGUUUGUUCCAAGUUGAAGAACCAACAAAACGCAAUCUACAACCAGCAGCAGAACAUUAGAACGAUACAUCACAAGAACAAUAACAACAACAAUUAAAAAAACACAAUUUAUAGCAAAGAGUGCAAAAAAAAGAAGGAAAAAUCUAAAAAAAAAAACAAAUUAUAAUAAUUUAUAAAAUACGCAUGGCUUAUAAAAGUGUCAACAACAUUGAAAAGCAACAACAGCAAGAACAACAAAUUUACGAACAGCAGCAGCAACAAAAACACGAACGAAUUAUAAUAAAACAACAACAGCGGCAACAACAGCAGCAGCUCUUCAACAAUAAUAAUAACAACUACUACAACAACAACAACAAAAGCUAUUAUAAUCAAGUGUUAAAAUAACAUAAUUCAGAGAGUGAAGAGUAAGAAAAACAAAAACAAACUAACAACUCUGCUAGAAACUAGCUAAAACAAUAACAACAACAAGGAAAGCUUGUUUUUUGUUCAAAAUUUAUUCUUUUUUUCUAUUUGUUGGCCAAAAAGCAAUAGAAAUACCAAAAGAAAAAAGAAGUAAAAGAAAAAAAAAAUAUAUUUAAAAAAAAUUCCAUACUCUAAGGGAAGGACAGACAGAACGUUAAACAAAUAGCAAACGCUUUAACACUGAACUGUAGUUGUAGCUGUUUAUUGGUUUUUCUAAAAUAUUGACAACAUUUAAUGCCUGCUCGUCAUUAUAACGUCACACAAAUGAUCGCAAUUAGCGAAGAACAACAAACAGACAAUAAUGCUACUACCACCAACAACAACAGCACCAUUACUACUACCAGUCAGCCAACUACUAUAGCAGCAGCAAACGUCGCCUACACAAUCAACAACAGCAGCAGCAGCAGUAGCAACACCACCUCAACUUCAAAUCUAAAUGGUCAUAAUAAAUUUAACACAAAUACAGCCGCCAACAACACGAAAUUGAAACCCUACAAUGGUUAUAAACACACCUCACAAAAUAUCCCUAAUACCAACACUAACAACACACUAGCAUCCUCCAGCCAUCACUCCACUACAGCCAAUAAUGUCAGCUGUAUAUCGAAUGAUUAUAAGAAACCAUUAAAUGGUAAUACAAACGGUAUAAUGGCAGCCAAUAAUAGCAGCAGUAUCAGCAACACCAGUACUAAUAACACAAAAUUGGUUAUGGCUUCUUCGACUGCACAAACGAGCAACGAUUCACAUCACUCACAAUCUCAACAGAGUGAUAGUAUACCUCCGGGCGGUAGUCUUUGGACAGCUUUAUAUGAUUAUGAGGCUCAAGGAGAGGAUGAGUUGACUUUGCAACGGGGUCAAGUGGUGUGUUUAUCCAUGGAUCCAAAUGUUUCGGGAGAUGAGGGUUGGUGGAUUGGUAAAAUUGGAGAUAAGUGCGGCAUCUUCCCCAGUAAUUUCGUUACCAAUCAGGAUCCCAUGAUGAUAAAUGUGCCUUCAGCGAUUGGUGAUAUACAACCGCAUGAAAUCGAAUACGAAGAACUCGAUAUACGAGAAGUAAUCGGUGUAGGAGGUUUCUGUAAAGUUCAUCGUGGUUUCUAUCGCAAAGAAGAGGUGGCCAUUAAGGCAGCCCGUCAAACAGCCGAUGAAGAUAUGGAUACUAUGCGUGAUAGUGUUUUACAAGAAGCCAAACUCUUCUGGGCACUCAAACAUGAAAACAUAGUUUCGCUGAGAGGUGUCUGCCUUAAGCCUCCCAAAUUAUGUUUAGUUAUGGAAUUUGCUCGAGGUGGUAGUCUGAAUCGUAUAUUGGCUGGUAGAAAAAUACCACCAGACGUUCUAGUGAAUUGGGCCAUACAAAUAGCAAAAGGCAUGAAUUAUUUGCACAAUGAAGCACCAAUAUCAGUGAUACACAGGGAUUUGAAAAGUUCUAAUGUUUUAAUAUUUGAAGCUAUCGAGGGCGAUAAUUUGCAUAAGAAAACCUUAAAAAUCACAGACUUUGGUUUAGCACGUGAACUAUAUAAUACCACUAGGAUGUCAGCUGCUGGUACUUAUGCCUGGAUGCCGCCCGAAGUUAUAAGUAGGGGUACCUACUCCAAAUCCUCUGAUGUUUGGAGUUAUGGUGUCUUAUUAUGGGAACUAAUAACGGGUGAAACACCCUAUAAAGGUUUUGAUUCCUUAUCGGUGGCCUAUGGUGUAGCCGUCAAUACACUAACAUUGCCAAUACCAAAAACAUGUCCAGAGGCCUGGGGAAAACUCAUGAAAAGUUGUUGGGCGAGUGACCCUCAUAAUCGUCCUGGUUUCAAAGAUAUUCUAAGUAAUCUAGAGGACAUAGCACGUUCCGGUUUUACUUCCACACCUCAGGAAUCAUUUCACACUAUGCAGGAUGGCUGGAAGAAAGAAAUUGCAGAAGUUUUACAUGAAUUGCGCUUAAAAGAAAAGGAACUGCGCAAUAAAGAGGAACAACUACGUCUUAUACAAAUGCAACAGCAUGAACAGGCCAAUAAUUUGAAAAUAUUUGAACAACAAUUACGUGCCCGUGAGCUGGAACUAAUGGGCCGUGAAUUGAUUAUAGCUCAAACGAUACCGAAACCAAAUAAACGACGUAAUAAAUUUAAAUUUAAACCUAAAAAGGAUCCAGUGCAAAUCUCUUUGCCAACGGAAUUUCGCCAUACAAUAACGACAAUAAGAGAUCAAAAUUGUGUGGUGCCAACACCACCGGGUUCACCGGCUAUAUCGGGUCUAAGGAUAGUGGCACGCUAUAAUACCAAAGAAGAUUGGUGUUCUCCUAUCCACACAUUACCGGGCGGUGGUCCAAAUCUUCCUAUAAUGUCUCCAAAUCCUUAUUUAUUAAGUCGUUUUACUUCCAACAUUCCCAUGCCCACUUUAUAUGCGGGUGAUGCUGUACGCAAACCUAAGCUGUCAGUAAUCGAAGUUUUACUGUACAAUAUGGCGGCUCUUUUGGCGGGUGUAGCUGCGGGCUAUGAUGUACGCAUGUCAAAUGUUUCACCCUUUCAUCCUACACUGCUGAGUGAUGUACCCGCUUUGAAAGCUCCCAUGGAUAUGGAACUACCGAAAGUGGGAGAAGAUCGGCGAUUUGCGGCGAAUACUUAUCAUGGUACUGGCAAUCGGAAUAGAACCGCCUUAAGCUCUCUCACCUACGAACCAUCUGACGCUCCCGAUUCGCCUAGACGUAAUACCGAUUCUCCGCUACCACACACCAAACAAUCCAACAAGCAAUCUUCACAAAAUGUCGCAGACAAUAUAACAACAGCAUUUAAUAAAUUCCCCCACCAUCAUCAGCAACAAUCACACAUACCCCAGCCGCAAUACACGAAGUCGGUAACACAACCACCAACACCGCAACACUAUCAUCAUCCUCAGCCGAUGAUGCAGCAACAGAUACGCAAAAUGCCUUCAACUAUAUCGACUACAACCACCAGUGGUUUGGGAUCAAAUUUCACGAAUAAUACUUCGGGUAUAUUGUCUUCCUCGUUGGGUAGUCAUACCCAACCACCAACGCCUUCACCUAGACGUAAAAUCAGUACUUCAUCGUUUACGGAAAACUUAGAAUAUUCCGAACAGGAAGAUAAUCUGCCAAUAGAUAAGGCUUUUCGAGGAUUUCAUUUGGGCGGCCAGGUGGGUAUGUGUGGUGGUGGUCAGCCACCUAUGUAUGCGCCACAGGAUUAUUUGAGAAACGGUCCUAGCUUUUCCAAUGAUGGAGGUGCCUAUGGAGCAGGGGCCCAUAGAGCAGGUUAUUUGGGCUCCAAUUACUUUCCCUAUCGACCGGAGCAUCAAAUGACCUAUGAAAGAGAUUGUAAGUCCUAUCCAGACUAUUCCUAUGAUUAUAAUCAUCGUUUGCCCAACUAUUAUGAUUAUAAUUAUGAUCCACAACCUCCGCCACCGCCAGCACCCCAGCAGCAUCAUGCCUCACCGCCAGUGGUGAGAACACCACCUCCACGUGUACCACAAAUGGGGGUAACAGCGGCCGGACACAGACGUACACCCUCUACUAUAUCCAAUAAUUCCAAUUACAAUCAGGGCUUUAGCCUAGACUAUGAUGAGGCGCUCAAUCAACAGUAUGAAUACAAUAGCAUGGCUUUGCCUCUUAACAGCGAUUAUGGAGGAGUAGGAGGAGUCUAUAGGGAAACAGGAAUUCCUACGGGAGCCGUACCGCCACCCACUAAACAGGAACUGUAUAAAAGUUCACCCAAACCUGCGAAUCGUUUUAUGACCAAUACACGCAAUGAAAUUUCCACGCUCAAUCGUAUGCGGGACUAUGAAAAUCUUCCAUUUAAUGUUAGUCCUUUGCACAAACCCUUAUAUCAGUAUCGCAGAGGUGAAGGUACGCCUCUGCAUAAUACCCCGCAACGCACAAUAUAUACACGUUCCCGUUCAACACCCAUGUCACCGAUUAACAUGAAAACUUCUCCUCCCUCACCGGCGCCUACUCAUGCUCACAAACCCUCCUCCAUACCGCGCCUAAUGCCCGAACGACCCGAUAGUUUGCCUUUUGAUCCGAAUGCCUUGUCUUUUAGCAGCGGUGUGGGUACAAAAUUGCGUUCCUCUUUGAAAAAGUACAAUAAUUAUAAAACGCCCAAUGGUGCUCCUCUAAAUGGUAGCGGAGCUGCUAAUACUGGUUCUGUUUCGGCUAUACCUUUACCCACAAAUAAUACCAACACUACUACGGGUACCGCCAAUAGUACACCCACUAAUCCCACACCACCCGAUUCUUAUACCAGUGAUGAUAGUUCGUAUCUAAGUGCCAAAGAGGGUUCGAUUUCUUCACACAGUCGUGUGCGCUUUAGUCCAGAGGCCUAUCUAGAUGCCAGUAGUCCGGGGGGACUUAAUAAUCCCCAUAGCUCUUCUUCUACCCACAAAUCUUUGGCCCUCUAUAGUAGACGUUUGUCAAGGCGCAAUACAGCUGACAUUUCGGGUUCCUCUACCUCUCCCUCAUCCUAGCAGGGUUUUGCCAAUUUAAGGGUACAAUUAGCUCGUAGUCCGGGAGCUCGUUCCAGUACCCUCUCCCUUAAUACCCAACAUCUAAUACCAGCUGGUCUAACAUCUCCUCUACUACAGCAUCAGCCACAACAGCAGCUACACCAACAACAGCAGCAGCAACAGCUGCCCUAUCGUUGGUAUUCGGGUGCUAGACGUUCUCGGUCGGCUCAAUAUGAAUAUCAUAUGUAAAUAUGAUUAUUCAUAUUUUGUAUAUAAUACUAAACUAGGUAUGUUAUAUCAAAUAUUUGUAUUUAUAUCUUUAACAAAAAAAUAUCUCACAUUCACAAAAUAGUACUUUUUCAUUUUAUUAAUAUCUCUAGAUUAUCAGGUUUCGUAGUAAAGUUAUAAAUAUUUGUAUAUGUAAAAUAUAAUCUUUAAAUUUAAACUUGAUUUAUAAGGAAUAACGUUAAACAAUAUAUAAGCUAAAGAACUAAAUAUUCCUGGAUCGUUGUUAUUUUGAUUUAAUAGACAUUCCACGAAAAAGAUUCUAAAUUGAAGGCUCAAGACUGUAGUCUGAACAAUAAACGAGACUCUAAAACGGAGUAAACUGGACUUUAGUGUGAAUUAUAGUAUCGAAUACGAACUGUAGGCUAGAUUAGAGUCUGAACUAUUGACUAAGCUAUAUUCUCACCUUUUUAGUAUAGUCUGGAUCAUCAACUAGACUAUAGGCUAUAGUCUGGGCAACAAAUCAGACUAGAGUCUGGGCUAUAGACUAGAUCAGAAUAUAUUCUGAACUAAUGGCAAAUCUGUGGUCUGAACUGUACACAAAGCUAUAGUUUAGAGUCUGGACUAUAGCAAAGACUAUAGUCUGAAAUAUAUACAAGAUUCUGAUCUUUAGAUUAGACUAAAGUCUGAGCAACAAACUGGACUGUAGUAUAAACAAGAGUCUGGACUAUUGCCUAAAGUCUGGUCUGUAAACUAGGCUAGAAUCUGGACUAGAGAAUACACAAGAAUUUUGACUUUAGUCAUAAGUUUAGACUAUAGACUGAACUAUAGACUAGACUAUAGUCUGAACUAUAUACUAGACUAUAGCCUCAACCAUAGACUAGACUAUUUUCUGAACUAUAUCAUAGGUUAAAGUCUGAAGUCUAGACCAGACUAUGGUCUGAACCAUAAACCAGAUUAUAGUCUGAACUAUAGACCAGACUAAAGUCUGAACUAUAGAGCAGACUAUAAUCUGAACUAUAGACCA